CGUAAUAUAAAUAUCGUUUAAAUUGAAUGUGCAAUUAAGUACAACGGUUUGACAGCUGAAGCGGAAAUGUUCAUCGAGGAGAUAGAAAUCUACAAUAUACUUGCCUGUGCGCAUGUGAAGUUGCAAUUUAAACAAAACCACAGUGCAGUUUAUAUUGUUCAAGGCGGGAACAAUUGUCCAAUUCGAUGUGCGGUUAGCACUGCACUUAAAUUUAUUUGUAGCGGGCAAUAUGCAAGUAUUGAAUCACUAGCUCACUUCAAAAAUCUUCACGAAGGGUAUGCUCGAGUAAUUCUACUCUUUCCGAAAGGAGUUGCUGACGAAACAAUUUCAGUGAGUGCAGAAACAAGGGCCAAUAAUGAUUUCGAAAGUGAUAGCGACAGUGAUGCGCCGUGCACAUCAGAGCAGGCGCUACUUCGAGAACAACGACGAAAGCAUAAUCAAAAGACAAAAAAAGCGAAGGAAGAAAGACAUCAACAAGUAUUCCAUAGAGUUGACGCAUUGCGUGACUUCCGCUAUAGUCCAGAGAUGAUCGAAUAUUCCAUUGAUGAUGGUGUGAAGCAAAAGUGCAGCAUAUAUGCAUUCCAGGGAAAAUUUCGCACAAAUAUUGACUACAUAUUGCAACAAACUCAGGUAUCUCGAAAAGCAUUCACCGGUAACUGGUUGCAGUUUUUUACUACAAAAUUGAAUGGUUGCAUGAAUCGAGAGAAGGAAAUAGCGAAAUUAUUUGGACAGUUUGUACAACUAUUUUUAAAAAAUUACUACAAGGAAUAUGAUCUACUUUCCAAAUUGACAACCUGUUGCAUUAUUGGACAGACAGCUUUAGACGUUAUAUUGGCGACGGAUGCCUUAAAGAUUUUCAGUGAUGUACGCAUUACAUUUGAGUUUAUUACUUGCAUGGAGUACACAGUAUGGUUUUUAAUCCCAUACAAAGGACGUUAUGUAUCUGUGCAAGAAGUGAGUCUGGAAAACUUUAAAUUCGAAAAUAUCUCCACAUGCAUAAAACUAAAACAUAGCGAAAAUCAAAGCAGAGAGUAUGUAUGGUCAGAUGCCCAAAAUGCAGUCCAGGACCUAUUAUUUAUUGCUUUCCAACUGGUGAUAUGUUUUCACCACAAAAGGGGUAUUGUGUACUUGCAAGAUGAAUUAAAUACGAUAAAGGAAUAUCAAACUAUGCAACUAGUAAUUGCGGCUUAUUUGCAAAAUGAUGGCACCGACAGAAACUUUUUGCCCUCCAAAAAUUAUUUACAACGAAUCCUAGAGGCCUGCAAUAAAAUGAAAAUUACUGCAAUCAUUGACUACCCAGGUGGCUUACCAGUAACACCGAUAAGUGGAAAUUUAAUAAAAUGUUUCAAGGACGAGUACAGUGGCGAAUGGGAAUUAAAAGUGGAAGAUAACUGUAAUUCUUGUCAGGCUGCCGAAGUGAUCAGUGUGCUGGAAGAAGGCCUAAAAACUGAUUAGCAGCGAUAAAUAACCAAAUCGUCAGAAUAGCAAAGCAGGCGACAUUUUGUAUUUGUUGGUUAGUUAUAAUAAUGCAAUACAUGAGUAAAAUAUUUUUAAAUUAAU